GUUGUCGGCAGGCUGCUCCAAGAACAAAAUAAAUAAGCAGGCUCGGCUGGCCGGCUGCGGGCCGCUAUGGCGGCGUCACUGUUGGGCCGGGACAAGAGGACCACAGCCGCCUCGCUGAAGGCUGAGUGCAGCCGGCAGGACAGCAGGGGCGUGCAGCUGCUUGGCGAGCUGCUGGAUAGCGUCCUGAUCCCGGAGAGAGCGGUGGACGAGGCCGAGGUGAUCGAGUGGUGCAAGUGCCUGAUGGCCGGCGGCGAGAGCUUCGAUGAUUUCUGUAAAAUGGUGCGCGGCUAUGACAACGCGACUCUGUGCGGCUUGGUGUGGACAGCCAACUUCGUGGCCUACCGCUGCAGGACGUGCGGGAUCUCACCGUGUAUGUCCCUGUGCGCCGAGUGCUUCAACGCCGGAGAACACACGGGUCACGAUUUCAACAUGUUUCGGAGUCAGGCGGGCGGGGCCUGUGAUUGCGGGGACAGCAGUGUGAUGCGGGAAAGUGGGUUUUGUAAAAGGCAUCGGUUUGCAACAAGUUCAAAUAUUCCUUCUGUUCCUAAUGAACUGAUGAUGAUGUCAGAACAUAUCCUCCCUCGUGUUAUCCUCCAUCUUAUUCAGCAUUUGCGGGACGGCUAUAAUGAACCAGUUUCUGAUCUGGCAACUGAACGAGAUCUCCAGAAGACACUCCAACAGAUGGAACCCCUGAUUUCUCUUCUGGAAGAUCUGACUAAGAUGGGAGGAGCAAUGCGAUCCAUCUUGACCAGAGUCCUUACUAAUCAUCAGAUAUACAAAGACCUUUGCACUGGUGAUUUUUGCACUGGAGAAAAGACAUAUGCAAAGAAGAAUUAUGAAAAAUAUCUGACAGCAUUAAAAGGCUCUGGUCUUGUUUCUUCGGAGGAACGCUCUGUGACAUCUGUAUUGGAUCAAAUGGCAGGAACAAGUAAUGUAACAAUUUUGGGUGCAACAGCAGGAACAGGACAGAUGGAUUCUUCUGAUGAGGAGGAGCAAGAUGGAAGUCAAGGUGUUGGCAAACGGAAGAGGGUUAAACUCUCUAAUAGCACCAAAGAUUCAUCCAUUAUGGAUAUUUUGAAACAUAAAUGCUUUCUAGAAGAGCUAUUGUUUUGGACUGUCAAAUAUGAGUUUCCACAGAAAAUGGUAACCUUUCUGCUAAACAUGCUGCCUGAUCAGAACUAUAAGAUAGCUUUUACUAAAACGUUUGUUCAACAUUAUGCCUUCAUUAUGAAAACUCUGAUUAAGAGCCAUGAAUCAGACACCAUGUCCAAUAGGAUUGUUCAUAUUAGUGUUCAGUUAUUUAGCAAUGAAGAAUUGGCACGGCAGGUGACUGAAGAAUGUCAGCUGCUAGAAAUAAUGGUCACUGUGCUACUUUAUAUGAUGGAAAGUUGCCUUAUCAAAAGUGAGUUGCAAGAUGAGGAAAACAAUUUUCAUGUUGUUGUAAACUGUGGUGAGCCACUCUUGAAGAACAAUACAUACUGGCCUUUGGUUAGUGAUUUUAUAAACAUCCUUUCGCAUCAAAGUGUGGCAAAACGUUUCUUGGAAGAUCAGGGGCUUCUUCAGAUGUGGAUGAAUUUUGUUUCCUUUUUUCAAGGAAUGAAUUUAAACAAACGAGAGUUAAAUGAACACGUAGAAUUUGAGUCUCAAACGUACUAUGCUGCAUUUGCAGCAGAAUUAGAAGCCUGUGCACAACCAAUGUGGGGACUUUUAACACAUUGUAAAAUUAGGGAGACACAGGAAUACACCAGAACUGUGGUCAGAUACUGUCUGGAUGCAUUGCAAGAUUGGUUUGAUGCUAUUAAUUUUGUAGAUGAGCCUGCACCUAACCAGGUUACAUUUCACUUGCCUCUUCAUCGUUACUAUGCUAUGUUUCUGAGCAAGGCUAUCCGAUGUCAGCAAUUGGAUCUUGAUUCACUCCUGCCAGAUCAAGAGAUGCUAAUGAAAAUGAUGGUUCAUCCACUUCAAAUUCAGGCAAGUCUUUCGGAGAUACACAGCAACAUGUGGGUUAGAAAUGGUCUGCAAAUUAAAGGACAGGCUAUGACCUAUGUUCAGUCCCACUUUUGCAACUCUAUGAUUGACCCAGAUAUCUUCCUUCUCCAGAUUUGUGCUUCUAGACUGGAUCCAGAUUAUUUUGUUUCAUCUGUUUUUGAAAGAUUUAAAGUGGUGGAUUUACUGACAAUGGCAUCACAGCAUCAAAAUUCAGCACUUGACACAGAACAUGAAAGGUCUAUGCUUGAAGGAGCUUUAACUUUCCUGGUUAUUUUACUGAGUCUUCGCAUUCAUUUGGGCAUGACAGAUGAUGAGAUCCUGAGGGCUGAAAUGGUAGCACAGCUCUGCAUGAGUGACAGAACACAUAGCACAUUGUUAGACUUGAUCCCUGAAAAUCCCAAUCCAAAGAGUGGGAUUAUUCCAGGUAGCUACUAUUUUGAAACCAUGCUUUCUGCUGUAGCUGAUUUUAAAGCACCAGUCUUUGAACCAGGAGGUUCCAUGCAGCAGGGAAUGUACACACCUAAAGCUGAUGUCUGGAAUCAAGAAUUUGACCCUAUUAUGGUGAUUUUAAGAACUGUAUAUCGCAGAGAUGUGCAGUCUGCAAUGGAUAGAUACAUGGGAUUCCUAAAACAGACUGGAAAAUUCUCUGGUACUCCAUGGCCACCUUAUCGGGAGAGAGCUCCUUUAAAUCCCAGCUACAAAGGUCUACUGCGCAUUUUGCACUGCAAAACUUUGCACAUUGUGCUAUUUACUCUUCUUUACAAGAUAUCGAUGGAUCACCAGAAUAUGUCUGAACAUGUUCUAUGCAUGGUAUUAUACUUGAUUGAACUCGGUCUAGACAACUUAACAGAAGAAACCGCUGAGGAGGAGGAAACGUUUGGUGAGGAGCGAUGUUCUGAUAGUUGGUUUCAUGGAACUAACAUAGCAACAAAUCUGCAUCAUGUCAUUAACUAUGUGCGAGUCAGACUUCCGGAAACAGCACCAGAAGUGACCAGGGAGCCAUCUGCUAGCACGAGCUCAGAUACCUCUCCUUUUGUACAGGGGUCAAGAAGGGCUACUGCUCUCAACAGAGAGAAUUCAAAUACAGCUCAGGUCUUCAGUUUGGUUGCAGAGCGCAGAAGAAAAUUUCAGGAGAUUAUAAAUCGCAACAGUGGUAGUGCAAUUCAGACUGCAGCUGUGAGACCAAAGACAUCAAAGUGGACUGCUCUGAAUUCAACUCCACAACUUACCACAACCAUUUUGGAAGUCAGAGAAAGCAUGCUUUCUUUACUUAUUAAGCUUCAUCAUAAACUCUCAGGAAAACAAAACUCUUAUUAUCCAUUUUGGUUGCAAGAUUCAGAAUCUACAAUCAGCUUGGACCCAAUGCAACAAAUCCAUGGUGAUGGGAUAACAGCAAUAGAAAGAAUUCUAAUAAAAACUGCGGCACGGAGUCGCCAGAACAAAUGUAGCAUUGAGGAGAUCUGUAGGAAGGUGUCACCACCUGUACCUCCCAAGAAGAGUAAUUCAGCAGAUAAGAAAGCUUUGGAUAAAGAAGAAAGACGUCAGAAAGCCAGAGAGAGACAACAGAAGUUGCUUGCUGAAUUUGCUUCAAGACAAAAAAGUUUCAUGGAAACAGCGAUGGAUCUUGAAUCACCUGACGUUGAUGUUGCCAUGGAUGUAGGAUCAUCUGAACAACCAGAUUCAGAAACUAUAUAUGACUGUGUAAUUUGUGGACAAAGUGGCCCAUCAACAGAGGAAAGACCAACAGGAUUAGUGAUUCUAUUGCAGGCUUCUUCAGUCCUUGGGCAUCGUCGUAGAAGCACUGAACCCAAGAAAUUGCCAACCAGUGAUGAAGAGCAAAUUUUCCCUGAGGAUACCUGUGGAACUGCACAUGAUGUCAGGAUCACAGAUUUACAGCAGUACUUCAAGGAUAGUUCUUGCCUGCAGUCAGUCUCCAUCGGUUGGGAGGGUGGUGUGUAUGUUCAAACAUGUGGACACACUUUACAUAUUGACUGUCAUAAAUCUUACAUGGAAUCAUUGCGGAAUGACCAGGUGCUGCAGAGUUUCUCAGUGGAUAAAGGAGAGUUUACAUGCCCCCUCUGUCGACAGUUUGCCAACAGUGUUCUUCCUUGUCAUCCUGAAAAGAUUGAGGAGAGGAGUAUUUGGUCACCUUACAAUAGCAAGAACCUGCUAACUCUCAUCAAGGAAGUGGAAGAACAACAGGAACAGUUGGGAAUGUUCCCAGUAAGCAUUAGCUCAAUAACGAACUUGAGCAAGGAGAUGGAAUCUGUGAUGAAGGACAUCAGGAGUGCAACCCAAAAGAAAUACAUAGAUUAUGGGAAGACUCCCGGCUCACCAGACAAUGACUUUCUCUUCAUGUACUCCGUAGCUAGGCUGAAUUUGGAGCUUGAAUUGGUUCAUCGAGGAGGAAACUUGUGUUUAGGAGGAGCAAGUGCUACUACGAAAAGAUCCUGUUUAAACCAGUUGUUGCAUGUGUUAGCCAUGCAUAUGCGCCUUUUUAGAAUUGAUUCUGCGUAUAAUCCCUGGACACGACUUACACGACUAACACAGGUUUUGGAUUAUGGAAUAUGUGAUGAUGAGAAACCAGAGGUACCAUUAUUGUACCGGGAUGUUUCAUCUCUCUUGCUCAUUCUUGUUUUAACUAUGCCACAAGAAUUACACAAGGAACAUUUUACCUGCAUUGUGAAAGUGCUGUAUAAUUUAUUGUACACACAAGCAGUUGCAACACUUUCAGUUCGAUUCAGCGAAGAGGAAAGAGCAGCUUGGAAGAAUUCUGAAAAGCUCAAGACUGUGUGUAAUUCAGAUAAAUCUUGGCAAGUAUUACUAAGCCACAUCAUCUGUGAACUGUCAAAAGGAAAGCUUUACUGUACCAGUAACACAGAUCAAGUAUCAAUGCUUGGUGCCAAUGUCUGGUCUCCUCAGUCUAUUGAAUACAGCAUCCAGCAGCUCUGUCUGCCUUUCCUCAGGACUACAAGCCUUCUUCAACACCAUCUAUUUGGUGGUGAUCUUCCCAGUUGUCAGCGAACAGAAGAAUUUGGGAUGCUUGCCAGCUAUCUUGGGUUACUGCUGCCCUGUCUUCAGUCAAGUGAUGAGGUCAGUAGUGCCAUCUGCCUCGACUGGCCAAUAGCAGCUCUAGAUCUUGUAUCUCAGUGGUGUUUGGAAGUAACGACUUCUGCAGAAAGUCACUCAGAACAAGUUAUGAAUCUACUUGUUCAGGAUCCACAGUGGUCUUUACCAUGCCUCCUUCAACUACCAGAAAAUUACAAUACCAUAUUUCAGUACUAUCAUCGUAAAGCCUGUGUUCACUGUUCAAAGGUGCCCAAGGAUCCAGCUCUUUGUCUUGUUUGUGGUACAUUUGUGUGCCUCAAAGGCCAAUGCUGUAAACAACAGAGCUAUUGUGAAUGUGUCCUGCAUUCCCAGAACUGUGGAGCAGGAACCGGAAUAUUCCUUCUGAUUAAUGCCUCCGUAAUCAUCAUAAUUCGUGGGCACCGUUUUUGCUUGUGGGGAUCUGUCUACCUUGAUUCUCAUGGUGAAGAGGACAGAGAUUUAAGACGUGGUAAACCACUGUACUUGUGCAGUGAACGCUAUAAAGUUUUGGAGCAACAGUGGGUGACACAUACCUUUGAUCACAUCAAUAAGAGAUGGGGGCCACAUUACAAUGGAUUAUAACUGACUUACAAAUCUUUCCUGAAACAUGGUCAUCGAGAAGCUUUAGUUCAUACUAAUGUUGUGAAAUUUAUUUUUAAAAAUAACCAUUUUAUUACAAAACAAACCACAAGAUCAUUAUUCUGCGAAGGUGCUAUUAAUAUCCAUUUUAUGGCACUCUGUGAAAAAUCCCAGCAAAGCUAAAAGCCUGUCUCUUGCAAUGGGCUAAACUAUCUUCAAUAGACUAAAGAGUGUUUUAUUUAUUAGUCAUAAUAAAGAAAUUGUAGCAAAGUAUGUGUACAAAAAGCACAAUUUGAAUUUGUGUGCUCCUCACUAAAAUAGAUGAAAUGUUUAUAGAAUAUGGCCAAGAUUGAUAUAAUGUGUUAUUUUUGAAAGGUUGGUUGCUAAUUUUGUUUCCUUGGAAAAAGUGCACAUUCAUAGGUGGGUGAAAUCUGGUCCUAUACACUUGAUGGCAGUACACUAUUUAGAAAUUAAUUAUUUGAAGCCUGCUUCAUUUGUUAUUACAUUUUUUUUCUGAUUAGUCUAUGCUGAGUUUUUUUUCUUUGCUUUAAGAGGUUUUGAUUUUUAUCUGGCCAUAGUAAUUUUCAUUAAGUUUACUGUAAUGUGCCCAGUUUAUUUAAAAGGAAUUUACAAAAAAAGGCUUCAAUCUGUAGAAACUUCCUAAUUAAAACAAAAAUAGGCUGUAAAACAUUCAGUCUCAGGAAAUUUUGUUUCUUAUUUUGUUAAAGGUAACUGAGCAAAAGAAAUAUUGGGACUGACUGCUGCUAGUAACAGAACAAAUAUCUUUUUAAUAAAUUGCUUAUUUGGGAGCCUAGCUUUAUGCUUUGCAAUUUAUAAGCACCUUAUGGAGACGGUGUGUUUACCAAGUUUGGUCACCAUUUAAAAAGAAGAAUUUUCUCAUUACAAAUGUGCAACCUUGACCAACUUUAAUCCAAUCAGCAUUCAAAUUGGAUACUGUGGUAUGUUAUGCAAUGAUUAGAAUGAAAAUACACAGGCCCUCCCUAUGGCAAAUUUCUGUUUCAGACAACCACUGUCAGCACUCGGUUUAUUUGUAUUACAAUUAUGCAGUGUAAUUACUACCUUUUUUUAUCUGAUUUACUAAACAGCAGACAUUCAGAUGAUAUGGGAAAUGAACAGUCCUAAUGUAUUCUCGUAACCAAAGUGCAAAUGGGAUUCAAAAUUUAACUGCAAGAAUUUGUGGGCACUUCUUGUAUUUUCUUUUCGUUAUAGAAAUAUCUUCAAUUUAGAAGAUGUGCAAUUUUGUUUCUUGUCUAUUGUUCCCUUUUUUAAAUUCAAUCUUUAGCAAAUAAUAUACAGCUUCUGAUUAAAAUAUAGCAAGACUGGACAAAUCCAAAUUCCAGUACAAAAACUGCAUAAAAUGAGUUUGAUUUUGAUUUUGGUGUUCUGAGGGAAAAAGCAUUUCAGUCAUAUUUAUAUCGAAUGUAAAAGUACACAUACCUGUCAACAAAUGUUUCUGUGUACUAAAUCACAAAAAGGUGAAAUUCUGAAUACAAAUCAUGAAAACUUAAAGAAUUUUAUAAAAUCACAUCUUAAAGGGAGAUAUUAAUUAUAUGCUGCAAUUCAAAACUACAGAAAAGCGACCCAAUAAUAGAUAGGCCCUGUCAGAGUUAUCAUGGACUAGAUUGUGAGAUUGUUUGGAAUGAUUCAUAUUUGUAAACAUUGGGAGCUAUUGAAACUUGAUGUAUAAUGGGUAAUCAGGUAAUUUGUUUAUUUAGAUACAAUUUCUCUUUAAUUAGUAUUUUUAAAAUCCUACAAAAAUUGUGAGUUAAUGCUUAUACAAUAUCUGACGUGCAAGAAUAACUGACAGACAAUAAUAUGUAAUGACAAAUACGUCAAGGAAUCUUUUAAGAAUUUGAAAGGCCCUGAGUGCAGAGCAGAAUGGUAGUUAAACUUUUAUUUCUAAUUGACAGCAUUAAAUAAUUCAACAAUUUAACCAACAGUAUAUGUUUAAAAACCAGACAGCAAUGAGUACAGGUAUAUAAUUGUACCUACUAUGCUGUCAGUAUGGUAUUUAAUUAUGAAUCAUCUUCCAAUAAGUAUACAUGGAGUAUUCCUUUUUGCUCUAACUCUGAAGGAUGAUCAUCGGCUUUCAUUCACUUUUUGUUCCCAUACUAGUGCAGUUUGAUUGCCAGAUAUGCAGAUGAUUUAAAAGUGUACUUGAAUUCAUAUAUGCUGCUGGAUUUUUAUUUUAGUUUUCCUAUGUUUUCCAAGACCCACUAACCAAAUUAAUAUUAUCAAAUAAGUGGUGUGUAAUUUGAGAUAAAAAUUGUGUUCACCAGUGUGUUACCCUGUAUGAAUGAAUGUUAAAUACAGUACAUUACUGUAAAAGCUGAACAUUUUCUGGCAUAUUGAAAACCUUGGGAUUAAUCAAAAUAUGACUGUAAAAUAUGUUAAUAAAGUAUGUAAAU